UCCAUUUCCGCGGAAAAAAAUUCGAAGAGAGAGAGACAGAGCAGAGCAUUUUGUUGUAGAACAGAGGAAUGGAAAUUCUAACGAAUUUUCCCAUCUGAAAGGGAAUUCAGCUCUCUUUUUCCUAGAAAAUUUCUGGGUUUUUGUUGUUGAAGUCCUCAGAUGGGUUGGAAAUACAGGGCUGGAUUGUUCCUCAUUGGAACUGCUGUUUUCAUCUCGGUUACAUCUGCAGAGAUUACACAGAGAAUAUUCACAGAAUAUCAGCACCCAUUCGCACUCACAUAUAUUGGGGCCUCUCUGAUGGCUGUCUAUCUGCCCAUAGCUACUCUUAAGGACUGGAUAUACAAUUUCCUCAGCAGGCGUUCUUCCGAAGACCACAUUGCAAAUGCUGUUAUGUGGUCUUCCAUCGGAUUGGAUUCUCCGCUUAGAAUCAAUGGAAUGCACCACAGUCUAGAGACGGAGAUGAGAAGUUGUUUGACUACUGACAUGGAUCUUAGUGAGCGGGAGGAGGGGCAGCCUUUGAUUGAGAAAAGUAGUGAAGAUGAAUCUGGUUUGUUGAAACAAGGCCACGAGGUUAGCUCUUGGGAAAUUGCAAAAUGCAGUUUUUGCAUUGCUCCCAUAUGGUUUGCUACUGAGUAUAUGGCGAAUUCUGCAUUGGCACGCACCAGUGUCGCGAGUACAACGGUCUUGUCUUCUACGUCGGGCCUCUUUACUCUUUUCUUUGGGGCAUGCCUUGGUCAGGAAUCCUUAAAUGUAUCAAGGGUUGUUGCUGUGGUUAUCAGUAUGGCUGGUGUUGCCAUGACAACGCUCGGAAAGACAUGGGCAACAGACGAUCCACAACUUAGCAUUUCUGAGAGUGCGAAGCACUCACUUGUUGGGGAUGUAUUCGGUCUUCUCUCGGCAGUAACAUAUGGUCUAUUCACUGUGCUACUCAAAAGGUUUGCCGGCUCAGAAGAAGAAAAGGUUGAUGUGCAAAAGUUCUUUGGGUACAUUGGAUUGUUCACCUUACUCAGUCUUUGGUGGGUCGUGUGGCCACUGACUGCGGCAGGGAUCGAACCCAAGUUCAGCAUCCCGCAAUCUGCCAAGGUUGAUGAAGUCGUGUUGCUAAAUGCCUUCGUGGGCAGUGUUUUUUCGGACUAUUUUUGGGCCCUAUCUGUGGUUUGGACGUCACCGUUAGUUUCGACAUUAGGCAUGUCACUGACCAUACCGCUCGCGAUGGUUGCAGACAUUGUCAUCCACGGCCGCCAUUAUUCUGCACUAUAUAUCUUUGGGUCAGCUCAGGUUUUUGCAGGAUUUGUCAUCGCCAACCUCUCUGAUCAGUGCUUGUCUAAGAUGGGCUUUUCUACUUCUAACUCAAUUGUCUAUAGCCUUUACUGA